AUGACAGAACCAUCUUCCUCAACCCAGCCAGGUUCUAAGCCUCAGUCUCAUCCCAACAGAUACCUCAUUGCUUACAACUCAACCUCCACUUCGUUAUGGACAAUUGUGUUUUUCAACACUGUAUUUUUAGGGCUCUUCCUAGGGCAACCAAUCUUGUUUGAGAAGACUCAUUGGGUCACUACGUUGAUCCAAUCAUUGGCCGUCAUUGAGAUCUUUAAUUCCGCUAUGGGUUAUGUGAAGUCUCCCUUGUUCACUACUGUGACCCAAGUGUUUUCCAGAUUGCUUAUUGUGUGGGGAGUGUUUGAAGUGUUACCCAAUUCACCAGCCAAUUCCCAUUGGGUUUAUAUCACCUUGUGUUUGAGUUGGUCUAUCACCGAGAUCAUUAGAUAUGCAUACUAUGCUGCUAACUUGCAAGGUCCUUCGUAUGUUCCUGAAUGGUUGACUUGGUUGAGGUACACCACCUUUUAUGUGUUGUACCCCACGGGAGUGUCAUCCGAAGUGGCCAUGAUCUACUUGUCAUUGAACGAAGCCGAAAAGACCGUAGGUGCCUGGUAUUCCUGGUUGUUGACGCUCAUCUUGCUUACCUAUAUCCCUGGGUUCUAUAUGUUGUACACAUAUAUGAUCAAACAAAGAAAGAAGGUGUUGGGCAAGCAGAAGAGCAUAAAGAAAACGCAAUAG